AGUCAGCCUUCUGCCUCUCAGCCGGCUGCAGCUAAUGAGCCUUUGUGUGGCCAGAGAGAGAGACAGAGAGAGAAAGAGAGAGACAGAGAAAGAGAGAAAGAGAGAGUGACAGACAGGGAGUUAAAGUGAGAAAGACUGCCGUCUUGCAACAAUAAAGCAUAUGCUACCGACAGUGCAGUCAGAGCUGGAACAUUACAAGUCUCUCUCACACUCCUGCACCCUUUUUUCUCAUGCCCGUGGAGCUCAGGGGUUGCUGCAAGUCAGUGGACUGAAACAAAAUGGGAACCUCUUCACUCAUCCUGUUUCACCUUUUGAAUAACGACAUUUAUGAUUGUGUGGCUGUGCUGCUGUGAGAAGAGGUGAAAGGAGUCACAGCCUGCCACUGGAUACAGGUGCAGAUGCAGCGGACCAUGAGUGGAAUACUGAAGAGGAAAUUUGAGGAGGUGGAAGCCUCCUCCUCCCCGUGCUCUUCCUCGCGGGAGUCUGAUGAUGAGGUCUCCUGCAGUGAGAGUGGGGAUAGUGGUGACAGUGUCAACCCCGCUGCCUCAGGCCCUUUCACCCCUGACUCGAUAUUGAAGAGAGAGAAGCGCCUGCGGACGAGGAGGGUGCAUUUUGACAAUGUGACAGUGUACUACUUCAGCCGGCGGCAGGGCUUUACUAGCGUGCCCAGCCAGGGAGGCAGCACACUGGGCAUGUCCAACAGGCACAGCUGGAUCAGGCAGUACUCCCUGGGUGAAUUUGCAGUGGAGCAGGAGAGGAUCCACAGAGACAUGCUCAGAGAUCACCUGAAGGAGGAGAAGCUUAAUUCAAUUAAACUCAAGCUGACUAAAAAUGGCACGGUGGAGUCUGAAGAGGCCAACACGCUUACGGCAGAGGACAUUUCUGAUGACGACAUUGAUCUGGACAACACAGAGGUAGAUGAGUACUUCUUCCUGCAGCCUCUUACUACUAAAAAGCGCCGGGCACUGCUGCGCUCCUCUGGGGUAAAGAAGAUUGAUGUGGAAGAGAAACAUGAUCUGCGGGCGAUCCGGAUGUCCAGAGAGGACUGCGGUUGUGAUUGCAGAGUCUUCUGUGACCCGGAGACUUGUGCCUGCAGCCUUGCUGGGAUCAAGUGCCAGGUGGACCGUAUGUCAUUUCCAUGUGGCUGCACAAAAGAGGGCUGCACCAAUUCAACUGGGAGAGUGGAGUUUAAUCCUAUCCGUGUUCGGACCCAUUUCUUGCAUACCAUAAUGAAGCUGGAACUGGAGAAGAGCCGUGAGCAGCAGCAGCAGCAGCAGCAGCAGGCGUCCUCCACCAAUGGUUACCGUAGCGAAACUAAUGACCUGGGGGCCGGAAACCCUCUGGUUCAGUCCCAGCACAGGUUGGAGUACUCUCUGUCAGACGCCGUUCCACAGACGGCCAACAUGCACCUGCAGGCUGCGGACGAGAUGGAGGAGCCACUAGAUGAUGAAGACGAGGAUGAAGAUGAAGAUGAGGAGGAGGAGGAGGAGGAGGAGGAGGAAGAGGAGAACGAAGAAGACGAUGACGAGGAGGAUAGCAGCAGUGUUUGCAGUGGACUGUCUGACUCUAGCACCCAGAGCUUAGCCAACAGCGACUCUGAGGAUGAUGAUGAUGUGGAGGAGGAUGCAGAUGAAGAGAAGUCUAAAAACUUUCAGGGCAACAUGAAUACCCCGUCAGUGUCUCGGUCUGAGGUUGUCCCCUUACCUUCUGUGGUGUGUUACAGCGAUGGUUCUGUGGCUCAUGACAACCACAUGAACGGAAACACAUAUUUAAUAAGCUCCUCUUCAGCUGAGUACUAUCAGCUGGAGAGCUCCAGUGCCGUCUCUGAUGGCCAAACCGGCCAAUCCAGUGAACCCUACGGGGAAGCCUUAGCAUUCCAAGAUCCAGUCAGCACGACCAACGGCAGUGCCGCCCAAGGACAAUUCAACAUGUCUGCUGAGCAGUACAUAGACUACUCUAAUCACGCUGAGGAACAAUACUCAGCCAAUCACCACUUCACUCUGACCAGCGGUGCUCCUGCCACCCCCUUGACCUGCUAUACACCUGAUCAGGACAUGAAGGCGUUGUCCAAAGCAGCGUUUGUGGAGGAGCAUGACACCAAGAACCAGACACAAUUUCAGAACUACCUGAACAAUAACACCCAGGGUUCCUACAGCGGCUCAUGUAUAACAGCUGAACAGCCACAGCAAGAGUCCGGUGUUAAUGGCCAUUCUGACCUGACCCUACUAGGAAGCAACACUAAGAACCUCCCUUUACCAGACCAUUGCCCUGAGGUCGCAGCCAUUUAGUGGGCCUCGCCUUUUAAAGUGUUCUUUCAUUAUUAUGUCUUUACUUGAGCCUGACCAAGUGGUAUUUUAAGGGAACAUAAUCAUGGCCUUGUUUCGCAUUAUCUGACCUUACGUUUUAAAACAAUUUACAGCACUGCAGUACAUUUUCAUCUGUAACUACAAAGCCAUAAGUUCAUGGUGGAAAUCUUUUCAUUAUUUGCUUCUGAACGUUUCUCCACUACAGCGUGCGCUUUAAUGCAAGAUGUAACAAAUGAAAAAAAAAACAUUUUAUAUGUUAUGUCAUGCCGUGCAAUGUAUCUUGUAAUUUCAGAUGUAAAGUUCUAGUUUUACGCAGAUAUUGUACUGUAGAUGGAACUUUUCUAUGUCUACUGUAUGCGUCAAAUGUGCAAAAAAAAAAGAUUUAUCGUCAGUUUAUUUAUUGUUUCUGAAUUAUGUGUAUACUUAUAUAUUGGAAAUGUUUUGAUAACAUUACGCAUGCUGUUUUCGGGAAUCUCAGUGACAUUUAGGGGAAAAAAUGCCAUUGUUUUAUAUAAAAAUGUGUUGUGUACAUAAUGUGCAUUUCUCUUCUUCUUUUUGUCACUAUUAUAUGCUUUUCUAUGGUUUUUGGAAAGCAUGGGAAAGUCUGAAUUCUUAUUUGUAUCUUUGGAAUACAAUAUCAAUGGCAUACAAUGUCAAGAAAUCAAUUAAAAGCCUUUUGCACUUAUGUGUGGGGGUGCAGGCAUGCCGUUGGUUUAAAUUAUGAAUACUUGAACGGUGGAAAAAAUAUGGCCCCUCACUUCUUUUUUUCCUCUCCACAGUUCACUCUUAGAAUAUCCUGAUUUGCAGUUGCCACAAGUUAUUCUUUGAAUAAUUUCAUUAAUACAGGGAUAAAAAUAAAGUAGCACAUUGAAAUAUCUCCACAAGUAUGAAAAGCUGAUUUUGAACUAAGCUGUUUAUUUUUGUGGAUCCAAUAACGAUGUCGAUUUGCUUUAUUGUAUUAUGUGCAAUAGUUAGAGCGUUUUUAACAGGCAUUCCCUUUAAAAGAAGAUCCUUGAGAUUUAAUUUAAUUGGCUGUCACGGCACUUGAUAUUGUACUUAAAGCACCACUAGUUUAAUACAAAAUAUGCCAAUAAUUGUGUAAGGAGAAGCAAAGGCUCAAGGUUGACAAUCAAAGCUUAUAAUAAAACAUGAUUUAGAUCAGUAUAAUUAACAGCUACACAAUACAACUCCUUGGUCCCUCAAGCCAUUGAAAAUGACUUAGCACCCAGAUAUGAAAAUAAUGUUUACCAAAAAUCUAUGAAUGACCUCUUUAUAAAAUUAGUGACACAAGAGGAAUUAGACUGACCGCUCAACACUGGGGGGACUGCAAUAAUUUGGUGAACAGUACUACUGUAAUUUGUUCUUUACCUUGAGCUCUCUGCUCCUGCAUGAAUACUGAUAUUUGUCCCUCUUCCGAGCUUCCAAAUAUCUGCCACUAAUUUAUAACCAGAAGGGUCAGUACCAGAGUUAUAGUGGUUCUUUGGGGUUGUUGAGUAGCUGCGACCUCUCCUGCCACCUCGGUGGGACAAAAGAAGUGUACAGACUGCUUUUAGGCAAUCAGUGGCAUCGACAUGGCCGAAUAUUGGCCUGAUCCAGAUUAAUCAUGCCAAAGCAUACAGAAUGAGAAGGCUAGAUACAAUGAAACUGCAUCCAGUUAACAUUCCUGUGUUGGUUUUUAUUUUCCAGUAUUUAUUAUGAAUGAUAUAUUGAAAUGUGUAUUUAUUGUGGUUUGCUAAAAUUCUGUAUUAAGUAAAUUGCUUCACUAUCUUAAAA